UUACAGUUUUAUUUGCCGAAUUUAAGUCAAGAAAUAAACCGCGACAAGCAGCGCAAACAAUAAAUAAUUAUUGUUUAAAAGCAAACAUAAAUAAAUAGCGACAAGCGACAAUUUGGUAACACUUUGGCUGCACUCAUUAUUCAAUAAAAAAGAGUCAAAUAAAGAGACGCCGACAAAACUCAAAUGUCAAAAAGUUCCUCUGGGCGUGGACGGGAUCGGGAACGCGAGCGCGACAGGGAGAGGGAGCGGGACAGACACUAUGAGAGUCGCAGCGGACGCAGCGGCAAUGAAUCCUCAAGAAAUGGCAGCAGCUCCUUGCCCAGCACAAUCAGCAGCAGCAACAAUAACAGCAACAACAACAGCAGCAGUAGCAGCAGCAGAUCUGCUGCACGCGAGGAACGCAAGCGUGCCAAGGAGCUGCCCAAGGAGCCGAUGAGCUCCACACGCGAUACAAAGCGACGCAAACGAUCCCGCUCCAAGGAUUACGACAAGGAAAAACGCCAGCUGGAGCGAGAACGGGACAAGGAGAAGGAUAAGGACAAGGAGAAGGAGAAGGAGCGAGAGCAGCGGGAGCGUGAAAAGGAUAGGGAACGCGAGCGCGAGCGACAGCGGGAGCAACGGGAGAGAGAAAGGGAACGAGAACGUGAUCGAGAUCGGGAAAGAGAACGGGAACGGGAACGGGAUAGGGACAAGGAACGUGAAAGAGAACGUGAACGAGAUCGGGAACGGGAACGAGAACGAGAACGGGAGACAACGACACGUCGUCCAGUGGCGCCGAUAGCGACACUCAUCAUACCCGUUGGCUCGUCGUCGAGCAGCUCGACAAAUGGCGAGGCGGAAGCGGAUGCGGAGGCCGACGAGGAGGAGGUGGAGAUUGACAAGGAGGAGCAGCAGCGUCGUCUCGAACAGGAGAUGAUCAAGCGACGCGAACGCAUCGAACGUUGGCGUGCUGAGCGCAAGCAGCGCGAACAGGAAGCCGGCAAGCAGCGCGAUGCAACCGGCAAGCCAACAACAGCAACAACAACCACGGCAACAACAACAACAAUGAUGGCAACCACGGGCAUCGGAACGGGAACGGGAACGGGUGCGGGAAUGACAAAGGGUACGGGCAUGGAGACGGGAACGGAAAGCGGAACGGCUACGACGACAACGAUCAAGAAAUGGAGUCUCGAGGAUGAGUCCGAGGAGGAGGACAACAAUGUGUCGCCAGAUGCGGGCACAACUGAAAUGGACGGGAACAAGGAGGAGCCCGAUUCGCCACCAUCGAAAUUCCUUAGCAUACGCAAGCGAUUCGAUGAUGAUCUCGUCGAGUCCAAGUUUUCUCCACUGAAGCGUCCCACAUUCAGUCGGGUGCUCAACAUGGUAAUUACAUCGCCAGCAAAAGAGGCAGCAGCAGCAACUGCUGCUCCAACUGCUGCUCCUGCUGGCGCUACAACUGCUGCUGCAACUGCUGCUGCAACUCCUGCUGCUGUCAAAGAAAAGGAGACUAGCAAGGAACAGUUGGCGGAGGCAACUCCAACUGCCGCCGCAGCGGCGCCAAUGGAAACCGAAACAACAGCGACAAAGACGACGGCGACGACGACGACGACGACAACGACGACGAAGCCGGAGAAUAAUGUUGAUGAUGAGGAUGACAUGGAUCCACUGGAUGCCUACAUGCAGGAGGUCAACAAGGAGAUGCGACGCGUCAAUCAUUUUGUGACGCCGCCGCCAAAAGCGCAGGGCGUCGUCAUUCUGACGGGCGUGGCCAAAAAGAAGACGACCCAGGUGAAGAAGGGCGAACUAAUCGAACAGAAUAUGGAUAGUCUGGAGUAUUCGAGUGAGGAUGAGCUGGAGGAUAUACGCGACACGGCCGUCAAUCUGGCGAUGAAGCAUCGCAAAGAGUUGGCCAAAAUCGAUCAUUCAUCGGUCAGCUAUGCGCCAUUCCGUAAGAAUUUCUACGUGGAGGUGCCCGAAUUGGGACGCAUGACCAACUCCGAGGUGGACAAGUAUCGCACCGAUCUCGAGGGUGUUCAAGUCAAGGGCAAGGGCUGCCCCAAGCCCAUCAAGACGUGGGCGCAAUGUGGCGUUAGCAAGAAGGAAAUGGAUGUGUUGCGGAAACUGGGCUUUGAGAAGCCAACACCGAUUCAGUGCCAAGCGAUACCCGCCAUAAUGUCUGGCCGAGAUCUGAUUGGCAUUGCCAAAACGGGCAGUGGCAAAACGUUGGCCUUCAUUCUGCCCAUGUUUCGUCACAUCUUGGAUCAGCCAACGCUGGAGGAUGGCGAUGGCGCCAUUGCCAUCAUAAUGGCACCGACACGCGAACUCUGCAUGCAAAUUGGCAAGGACAUUCGUCGAUUCAGUCGCUCGCUGGGUCUGCGACCGGUUUGUGUUUAUGGCGGCACUGGCAUCUCCGAGCAGAUAGCGGAAUUGAAACGUGGCGCUGAGAUUAUUGUUUGCACGCCGGGACGCAUGAUUGAUAUGCUGGCGGCAAACUCCGGCCGGGUGACCAACUUGAGACGGGUCACGUAUGUGGUGCUCGAUGAGGCCGAUCGCAUGUUCGACAUGGGCUUUGAGCCGCAAGUGAUGCGCAUUAUCGACAAUGUCCGACCGGAUCGACAAACGGUGAUGUUCAGUGCCACAUUUCCCCGACAAAUGGAGGCACUCGCUCGACGGAUACUCAAAAAACCGGUGGAGGUAAUUGUCGGCGGACGAUCGGUGGUCUGCAAGGAUGUCGAACAGCAUGUGGUUAUACUGAACGAUGAGGCCAAGUUCUUCAAGCUAUUGGAACUGUUGGGCAUCUACCAGGAGACGGGCAGCAUCAUUGUCUUUGUCGAUAAGCAGGAGAAUGCCGACAUAUUGCUGCGUGAUCUGAUGAGGGCAUCGUAUCCGUGCAUGAGCCUACACGGUGGCAUCGAUCAGUUCGAUCGCGAUUCGACCAUCAUUGACUUCAAGUCGGGCAAGGUGCGUCUGCUGAUUGCCACCUCGGUGGCGGCACGCGGUCUCGAUGUCAAGGAUCUCAUUCUGGUCGUCAACUACGAUGUGCCCAAUCACUACGAGGACUAUGUGCACAGGUGUGGACGCACUGGUCGCGCCGGGAACAAGGGCUGUGCGUUUACGUUUAUAACGCCGGAGCAGGCACGUUAUGCGGGCGAUGUGAUACGUGCCUUUGAUCUGUCCGGCACACUAAUACCGCCGGAGCUGCAAACGCUGUGGACGGACUACAAGGCCGCCCAGGAGGCGGAGGGGAAGACGGUGCACACCGGUGGCGGUUUCAGUGGCAAAGGCUUCAAAUUCGAUGAGCAGGAAUUCAAUGCGGUCAAGGAGAGCAAGAAACUGCAGAAGGCCGCUCUCGGCCUGGCCGAUUCCGAUGAUGAGGAGGACAUUGAACAGGAUAUCGAUCAGCAGAUCGAGCAAAUCUUUGCCGCCAAGCGAACCGUUAAGGAUACCUCGACGCUGGCUGGCAGUGGUCAAUCGUUGGCCACAUCUGCCACUGGCGGCACAAAUCAACUACAGCUCACCCAGCAGCAGCAGCAGCAGCAGCAGCUGCAGCAGCAACAACAACAGCAGCAGCAGUUGCAACAGCAGCAGCAGCAAUUGCAACAGCAACAACAACAGCAGCAGCAACAGUUGCUGCAGCAACAGCAACAACAACAGCAGUUGGCCUCAGCAUCGACAGUCGGCUCCGACAAACUGGAGCUGGCCAAGCGACUGGCCUCCAAGAUAAGCAGCAGCCGCAAUCUGGACACCAAGGCCAAUCAAUCGGCGGCAGCCGCCGCUGUUGCAGCGGAUUCGCUAAUGAAGGGUCAGCCGGGUCAAAGUGGGCAACCGAUGUUGACGGCGCGCACUGUUGUCGAACAGCUGGUGGCGAAGCUGAACAACAAGCUCAACUAUCAGCCCAAGGAGGUUGAGGAGAGCAUGGCGGCACUGAUGGGCACCAAUAGCAAUUCGUUUACCAAAUACGAAGAGGAGCUGGAAAUCAAUGAUUUCCCUCAGCAGGCACGCUGGAAGGUCACCUCAAAGGAGGCGCUGGCCCAAAUCUCCGAAUACUCGGAGGCAGGACUGACGGUGCGUGGCACGUAUGUGCCGCAGGGCAAAAAUCCGCCAGAGGGUGAGCGUAAACUCUAUUUGGCCAUCGAGAGCUGCAGCGAGCUGGCCGUGCAGAAGGCCAAGCGGGAGAUAACGCGCCUCAUCAAGGAGGAGUUGCUCAAGUUGAGCUCGGCCCAUCAUGUCUUCAACAAGGGACGCUACAAGGUCGUCUAGAAGUAGCUGUAAAUUCGGGUUGCAUUCUAAAAACUACUACUACUACUAAUAAUAAUAAAUCCCACAAGGAUUAUACGAUAUAAAUACAUAUAUAGUAGCUAAGUGUUGCCAAUGCUCGCAGAACAACAUCGUAUGCAAUGCUAUCUUGUUUCAAGAAACAAUAAACAAUAAACAAAACAUACAAACAAUAAA